UUCUCGCUCCAGAGUGAGGAUAACGAGCCAGCCGAUCCGUGUUGCAGCCACUAGCCUCGUCAAGCGACGGUGAGAAAGCCGAAAACAACAACAGCAGCCACCGGGGGGUCCAUUCCGAAGCAGCGACGAAGAAAUCGUUUUGUUUUUGUUUGUUUUUCAGUUUACCUCCGCAGUGCUGGUUCAUCUCGACGGAGCCGUUGGGCAGGAGUUUGUCUGCGGUCUCUCCUCUGUUAGUGGAUUACCACAAGACUCGACUCCGAAUCGUUGUGAUAUCAAUUAAUGAGUGAAACUGUGGACCAGGCGCCUGCAUCACCUGUGGAUAAUUCUUUAUUUUGCUGUUUGUUUUCCUGUUUGUGAGUACCUCGGGCUGUAAAUUCAGUAAAACAUACAAACAGGACCAAGCGGACACUUGUUGAAAUACAAUUCACCGAGAAAAAAACCUUUGCCCAACUCUGCUCUGAGCCCGGGUUAUAUCAGCGGCGAUAUUUAGCUGACGAGACUGACAACUUUCUCAUACACCAGCAACAGACCACCUGGCAUUAACCGAUUCUCGUGCGUGUGUGUUGGAAGUCGACCGAAGCCGAAUGUCCACGCGUUGGUGAAGUGCGUUUCUCCGUGCUGAUGCAUCUGACAGCAGCUAAGCGAACUUAGCUAGCUGUGGCUGUAGCGUUAUGUUAGCACUGUCAGCUAGCCAAAUGUCAGCGUCGGAUUCAAACAAGUGGUUCGCUGGAAGUGUGUCAAUACGAAGCUGUAUCACGAAAUUAACUUCUUUUAACCCACAAAACAUUCUCCGAGAAAGUCGUUUAAGUUGAACUACAAGCACAGAUAACUUGCAAAAGAUUUUAUAAUACCCGUUAUCAAGGCACAAGAAGCUAAGUUUGUACUGACGGCAGCUUUAACGUUAGCGUAGCUACGUUAGCUUGUAUCAGACAUUACACCAAGUUAACAGUCAGGUCUGAAAGUGCAGCCAGCCCCGUUAACUCUCAACCAACUUUCACAAAUAACCAGUCAUGUGUGUUGUGCUUUAAAAUCCCAAAUGGGCUCACUGUGAGAAAAACAGACUCCUUGCGCCGUCUUCCGUUUUUUAUAUAAAAAGACAGUUAUCCCAAGUAGCUGAAGUUGUCCAACUGCGGCCCGCACAAUGUCCGGCUCCCCGGGCACAGGUGGCUCAAACCCCAGGAAGUUCAGCGAAAAGAUAGCGCUGCACAACCAGAAGCAAGCAGAGGAGACGCGGGCCUUUGAACAGCUGAUGACAGACCUCACAGUUUCAAGGGUGCAGUUUCAGAAAGUCCAGCAGCUUCGUUUGUCUCAGCCACGCGUGCAGUACUAUGGAGGCUCUCUGCCUAACGUCAACCAGAUUGGCAACACCAGCACUGAAUUUCAGGGUGGCUUCCCCUCAGGAUUGGACCCAGUCAGAGGCACCCGCCACCAUGGGCUGGUCGAGAGGGUCCACAGGGAUCGCAAUCGAAUCAACUCUCCUCAUCGCAGAUCCAUCGACAAGCAUGGUCGGCAAAUAGAGAGUUCUCCCUAUGGAGCAGUGUACCUGUCCCCACCUCCAGACAAUAAUUGGAGAAGGGAACAGCAGCCAUGGACUGAGGAAAAACGGCCUGGGUUUAGAUUAUUAUCCCAACUCAACAGAACCAAUUCAGACUCAGCUCUCCAUACGAGCGCUAUGAACCCAAACCCUCAGGAUCCCUUUGGCAUGAACCAGCAGAUGGGUCGAGGUCUCCCUCAGCGUAAUGGCUGGCAUUCAGCAAGUGUAAAUGAGGUGGAGGUGGACGGCUCUGGAGAUAUCUUCUCCUUUCCCACUCUGACUAACGAGGAGAGCCUAAUAGGUGUCAAUAAGCCCCUUCCUAAGCAACUAUGGGAGGCCAAGAAGGUCCAGUCUCUGACAUCAAGGCCUAAAUCCUGUGAAGUGCCUGGAAUCAAUAUAUUCCCAUCUCCAGAGCAGAGCCUUGGACUUUCCCACUACCAGGGCUCAUUAAAUACGGGCGGCUCUCUGCCUGACCUAAGCAACCUGCACUUCCCUUCUCCUCUCUCCACCCCACUCGAUCCUGAUGACAAUGGAGGGUACCCUAACCUCAGCGGAGGCAGCAGCACUGGAAAUCUGCCUGCCGCCAUGAUGCACUUAGGUAUUGGGAAUUCACAGGGACUCUCCUCCUCUCUCAGCAAUCCCUCAAUUCAAGCAUCCCUAAACAACUGCCAGCUGCAGUCAUCGCUCAGCAAUCCCUCCAUCAACUCAUCACUGCGACUGUCCGGAAACUCCCCCCGGCGACGGCCAACUCCCAUCAGCCCCCUAACCCUGUCUCCAGGCAGCGAGCAGCGCAGGGGUCUGGCAAAGCAGUUGUCCCCCACCAUGUCCCCUUCACUGUCUCCCAUCACACAGGGAGUUGCUUUGGAUACCAGCAACAUGCCAAGGGAGCCGCCCCCACCUUACCCACUCUACCAACAGCCCCAACAUGCAGUGGAUCAGGGUCGACAACGCCAGCAACAGUCACAGCAGCAUCAGCAGCCUAUUUCCCCUCUCCAUAGCAUCCCACUGGAUUUUAGCACGGGCCAGCACAACAAUAUGGCGACACUUUUCAACGACCCGUUCAUGGAGCCCCAGUUCACCAAUCGCCAGACCAAGACCUUCCUCAAUCAGUUGGACCAGUUCAGUCUGUUGGAAAACACGAUGAGCUCCACAGCAGGAGGUUCUUGCUUUGAUCCUUCCUCCUCCUCGCUCUACUACUCCCAGGCAGCCCUCGCGGGGCUGGGCGGCAGCCAUGGCAGCCUGCAGGACCCGAUGCACAUGAGGUCCAACAUGCUGUACUCCAACUGCAGCGGUGGGCUACCCAACAUCAUUCUCACUGGCACCAGUAGUGAACACACACACAAGCUGGGCACAUAUGGGAAUUGGGUGCGCACCUCAGCCCUUGACCCAUCACAGGAUUUGAACUGGCGAUCCUUUGAUGACUCCAACCCCAGUCUGUCAAAGGAUAUAAGCAGUGCACUCUCUGCAGUGCCUGAAUGUUUUGACCCAGAGGGAGGCUUUCCAUUGGAGGAUGAGCUGCGCAUCGAGCCCCUCAGCCUGGAUGGUCUGAACAUGCUCAGUGAUCCAGACAUGGUGCUACCAGACCCAUCUGUGGAGGACACUUUUCGUAGUGACAGACUCUGAAUGUAAAAAGUGUCACCAGUUUGAAGAAGGCCCACACACACACACACACACACACAUACACAUGGAUUUGCAGUGUACAGAGUGUUCAAACCUGAAAAUGCAUGCUUACAAUCUCUGUAGGCCCACUGUGCAUGCAUCCACCGCCACUAAGAUUCAGUAAAUGUGAAACAUGUGAGCAUCAUGUACACAGUAACACACACUUUUUAUGGAGGGAACUUGUGAAGAAACACUGUUCACUCAUGCUUCAUGGAAGUUACCCUCACUUGUGCUCAGGCUUGUGUUUUUAAGGAUUUAUCUUGGGUUUGGAAUCGAUGCUCGGAGCGAAGACAGGUCCAGCUCUGGGACCUCUGCAUCUCAAACCAAAAAGAUUUGGAUUUCAAACGCGAAACACAAGCCGAUACAGCAACAAGCUGUAAGUCCCCCAGUUUCUUUUCUCUCUCAUCACCAGCUUGCACCCCCUUGAAGCCAUGGCAACCUCAUCGCCAUGGUUACAUACCAUAGCAACCCCAUUGCAGUACUGAAGGAACAGAAAUGCCAACACACCAUUAACUUUUCUUACUGCUCCAAUAUAUCAGCAAAUGGGAGCUACGGUAACGCUCACAGCUGAGCACUGACACGUCAUGAGGUAAAACAUCUGGCAGCUCAGAUUUUCUUCAGGUGAAAUGAAAUCCAGCUGUAUCGCGGCUAAUUUAAGCUCUCAAACAAUCAUGGUAGAAAUGAAGAUGAAAGAAAUUUAAACUUUAUCUUUAAAAAUGUAUUUUUUUGGUAUUCUUUUUAAAAUGUAUGCCACAGAUUUAUAUAUAUAUAUAUAUAUAUAUAUAUAUAUA